ACAUUUAAUACUUAUCCAAACAUUGAAUUCCACGUAUGCCCUCAAUUUAAAAGGAUUUAUCCCAUCUAAAUGUAUUUAAGGUAAAGCAUAAUUUAAGUUUUUACAACAAUGGCAGAUUUAACCGAUUGGUUUAAAUCGUUACCCUUUUUUACGAAAUGGUGGUUAACGUUAACGCUUGGAUUUUCUUUAUUGGGACGUUUUCAUAUUUUACAUCCAUAUUAUCUAGUCUUAUUAUAUGAACCAAUAAAAAAAUUUCAAAUAUGGCGUUUAGCAACAGGAUUAUUUUAUUAUCCCAUCACACCACAAACUGGAUUUCAUUUUUUGAUAAACUGCUAUUUCCUAUAUCAAUAUUCACUGAGAUUAGAAACAGGAGUUUAUGCAGGAAAACCAGCUGACUAUUUCUUCAUGCUUUUAUUUAAUUGGGCAUGUUGUGUGGUUUUGGGACUUCUUGGAGAAUUUAUUUAUAUAAUGGACCCAAUGGUUUUAUCGGUAUUGUAUGUUUGGUGCCAACUCAAUAAAGAAGUACUCGUGAAUUUCUGGUUUGGAACACGAUUCAAAGCAAUGUAUUUACCAUGGAUCUUAUUCUUGUUCAACUUAAUUGUCUCUGGAGGAGGUGUUAUGGAAUUGAUGGGAAUUAUAAUUGGACACUUAUACUUCUUCUUAAUGUUCCAAUAUCCACAAGAGUUAGGCGGUCCAAGUUUGCUAUCAACUCCAAAUAUUUUAAAACGCUAUUUCCCAGAAACAAGAGGUGUUCACGGUUUUGGAUUACCACCACAAAGUAGGGCACAGCCAACUAGAGAACCAGCCGCUGGAGGAAUAUUUAGAGGGCACAACUGGGGUAGAGGGAACGUGUUAGGAGGAAAUUAAUAAGGUGUUUUUAUUAUUAAGUUUUUCUAUGUACAUUAUAGAUAUUUAAUUUAAUUAUUCUUUUUUGUUUAUGAAAGAAUAAAAUAAUGUUCUGACCAAAAUAAUAUAAAUUGUAAUUAUA